AUGUUUCAAAGUGUUUUCAAUUAUGUCAAGCACAAAGCAGCAGUUAUGAAAUACUGGGAUGGAAAUAAAAGAACAAAUCGAUUACGAAAAACCAUGUCCAGUGUUGAAUCUGUCGAGCAGCUACACUUAUCAGAAGAUUAUACUAUUUGCGAUAACUUAUUUCCUAUGAGAAAAAGCGGACCUAAAAGAAAAAUCUCACUGGAACAGGAAUUUCUUUUAAUUAUGAUGAGAUUACGUUUGGGUCUUUUAAUUGAAGAUUUAGCUUUCCGCUUUUGUAUAUCAGCUGGAACAGUUUCCCAAAUUAUUAUUACAUGGGUAAUAUUGUUAUCUAAAGAGUUGGACAGCCUAAUUUUGUGGCCUAGCCGGAAUACAAUUCGAGCAACUAUGCCAAACUGUUUUAAGCGAUUGUAUCCAAAAGUGAGAACAAUUAUAGAUUGUUCUGAAAUAUUUUUUGAAACAUCAAGUGCUCUUGAUGUUCAAGCUUGUAUGUGGAGUGACUAUAAACAUCAUGCAACAGUCAAAUUCUUAAUAGCAAUAACUCCGAAUGGAGCCAUUUCAUGGCUGUCUCCCCUUUAUGGUGGACGUGCCUCUGACAUUUUUAUUGUCAGAAAUAGUGGUUUUCUUGAUAUACUUGAGCCCUAUGACCAAGUUAUGGCAGAUCGUGGCUUUAAAAUAAGGACAGACCUUGCAUAUAAACAGUGUACUCUUUGUAUACCUCCAAGUGCUGUUAAAGGAAUUCAAAUGUCAAAAGAAGAAGUUCGAGAAACAUCAAACAUUGCUAAUGUACGUAUUUAUGUGGAGCAAGCAAUAAAAAGGAUUAAACAUUUCCGUAUUUUAAAAAUAACACAGCUAUUACUAUACCUACCUAUCAUGAAUAAUAUACUACGCGUAUGUGCUGCUAUAUCAAACUUGAGAAAACCAUUAGUUUCUAAAUAG